AUGUGUAGAUUCAUGGUCUACAAAGGCAAGGAUGAGAUACUCCUCUCAGAGCUCAUUCUAAACCCCUCCCAUUCCAUCCUCACACAGUCCUUCGACUCGCGCCUCCGUCUAGACAGGCGCCGCCCGCACAACGGCGACGGCUUCGGCAUCGGCUACUACACGUCGCCCUCCCUGGGCCUCACGCCCUGUGUCUUCACCUCCACGAUUCCAGCAUGGAACUGCAUAAACCUCUCGCGCAUCGCCUCCAAAACCACAUCCUCACUCAUCUUCGCCCACGUGCGCGCCACAACUGAAGGCAACCUCAGCGACAGCAACUGCCAUCCGUUCUCCUACAAGUCCCUCAUGUUCAUGCACAAUGGCGGCAUCGGCUGCUGGAAACAAAUCAAACGCCGGCUUGCUAUGGGCCUGGAUGAGAAGUGGUUCAAUGUUGUGGGUGGUUCAACAGACAGUGAGUGGGCGUUUGCUACAUUCUUGGAUUGUUUAGAUAAAGCGGGAAUAAGCCCGGACAAAGAGGUGGAGGCUGGUGUGGGCUUUGGACAUACGGUAUUGAGGAAAGCGAUACUGAAGACGAUUGAACGGCUCAACGGGUUCAUCAGGGAUGUUGUUGGGGAACAAGGGGGUGGGGUUGGGGAGGAAGAUAGUAGGAGUCUGCUCAACUUUGCUGUCACAGACGGUGUUAGUGUUGUGUGCUCGCGGUAUGUGAGUAGCAAGACGGAUGAGGCGGCGAGCUUGUUCUUUAGCAGUGGGACGAGUUGGAGGGAACUCAAUGGCCAGUCGGUGGGCUCGGAUGCUGGUGCGAGUUCUGUGGAUGAUGAGGAUAGGGAGAGGGACUAUGUUAUGGAACGCAGGGAUAAGGGAAGUGAUAUUGUGCUGGUGGCUAGCGAGCCGUUGACGUUUGAACGGGAUAACUGGGUCACGGUUCCAACAAACAGUACGCUCACUAUCUCCAAGCAAACUGUUAUGAUUCAUCCUAUCGUCGAUGAGUUCUAUAGCCCCAAUCCGGCGCAUGAGCGCAGUGCGAACUUUGCGCAGGCGAAAGGGCAGACGGUUACGGGGAGUGAUAAGAGGGUCUUAGGAGGUGUGGGAGAGGUAUCUUAG